AUGGGCCGAUCCACUGACGCUGUGCCCCCUUACGAGGAGCUCUACGCUCAACCGCCCGCCAACGCAUCCACCGGGUACACCGCCGUACUCCAAGCUGAUCAUGAAGACCACCAAGGUGUCACAGAUGUGGAACUGCACGCUCAGUCCGGGCCAGAUGUCGAGGCUCAACCACACAAGCACUGCGAAGAGUGUGACAAAGUGCUUGAGCGCAGAGAGCGGCGGCGUGGCGAGAAAUAUUGCUGCACGAUGGUUUCGGUGACGUUUAUUGUGGCGUUUGUGUGUCUGAUGCUGUUUGGAAUCGUCUUGGUGUCGGGGAAGAAGGGCAAGCAUUAG